CAGUGCCCGACACACACCAGGUCUCGCACGGCACGACUAGAGACGCGCACAGUCCGGCACAGUCCACUCGGCGAUACGACCCAUGCUGGACCGUCGUCGCUCUGGUCCACGCCGGCAUCAGGCAUCCAGCACCCGCGCCGUCACUAGGCCGCACCAGACAACAACACGGAGAGACCGUACGUCGACGGAGACGCGGUGCUGUCGCACGUUGACGUCGCGCCAACGUGAUCGCGCGUGGUCCAGGGACCGUGGGUGCACCACGCCGACUGCCGGCAAUUAAAAAUAGAAAAACAAAACGAAGAUAGGAAGAGGGAGAGACAGAGAGAGAAGGAGAGAGAGGGACAUCGAAGGAUCCGAGGAUACCGCCGGACGCGACGACCGUCUGGGAGCUCCGGUUCAUCGAACCCGCGCGAAACAUCGCGUCGCGACACGGCGGGACACUCGCGGCGCGUGACGCUUUUGGACUUGUUUAUAUUUUUCUUUUUUCCCGUUUUUCUGUCUACCAUCAGCGGGACUUGAAAGUGACAGCGAGCGAGCGAGCGAGGGAAAGAGUGAGCAAGGGCGGCAAACGGAGAGCGAGCCCCUGCAGUCGGGGAUAUCGUGCGUACUUUGACACGGGGAUUCGUGUGACUGUGAAUUCCGUUGACCGCGGGGGAGAGGAUCGUUCUUGAUAUACGAGUGCCUCCGAUCUUGCCGCGUGUCGGUGUAACGUCGGUGUCGAAGGUGACGUCGGGAGGCGAUCGGCCGGCGGUGAACCGACGACGCACCGGGACUGCUGUCAAUCGCGAACGUGCCACCGUUCCCGCCGGACGCGGCACGCAAACGUCCCGCACACAGCGUUCCGGUCAGUUAACCGCCCUCGGUCAGUCAAUCAGCCUGUUUGUUCAUCAUCAACACCUUCAUACGUGGAGAGUCGCAGGGUGUCACAUGUCGCGCGUACUUGUCGCGGUGGUGAACGCGGUGCAGUCGCGAGGUAGUGCGAUCAGCGAGGAACAUGAGGACCGACGCUAGUUGACGAAGAAGUGUCGAGAUCGCGGUGGUCCAGGUGCGUGAAACGUGUCCGGAUAACGCAUCCAGAGGGAGGAGAACACGCGGAAUCGCCGGUAGAGGCGGCCGGGACACGGUGCGUGUCCUCGAAAGGGAAAAGGAGACGUGCGUGGUGCUUCGAUACACCGGGAAAUCUGAUGGACUCACUCGCGGAGGGCGAAAACGCGCAGCGGAGGUGAGAGGGAGGAGGGCGGAAGCGUGACGACGGCCGAGAUCGGGAUCGCGCGCGUCUUUGUCCUGUUGUUUUGCCACCGACGUGCACUCGUCGCUUCCUCCUUCCUCAUCUCGUCUCCACGGCUGUGAUCCGGAAGCUCGGAGGACGACAACUGUGAGCCUCGGUCCGGUAUUCUGGCAAUACAAAUAGCCAGAAGAAGAAGAAGAACAAUAACAACAACAACCCCUUUCCGUCCUGGUCACUCGGAGCUCUGAGGCUCGUUCUUCUUCAAGAAAAUAGUGCUACGCGAGACGAGAGUCGAAGAUUGCGAACGCCACCAUGAGGAUCAAAAUGCCCGCGGUUAGGAUCGCGCAAGCGGAAACCUCGCAAGGUACCACGUCCCCAGACACCGUCCAAUGCGGGGGCUGCAGGGCGUCCUACCCCCUCGGCGAGAUCGUCCGGUUCAUUGAGCACAAGGUCAACCACUGUCGGAGCACCCUCCAGGGCUGCCACAGUCCACCAGCGACGGCUGCACCGGAGGAUUCCGAUCCGGAGGACGCCCUUACCCUGAAGACCUCUGAUCCAGACUCGAAGUUGAACACGGUACCUAGCAUCUCCGCGCCCAUCAACAAGAGGAGCGGUCGGCUGGAGAGUCCACCGACGCCGCAGGGUCCUGGACCGGAUACGGGAAGUCCGAUCGACCUUAAGGCAAGCGCCAGCUCGACACCGAAAAGACGGACAGAAGCGCCGGAUGAGGAAAAGGAGGAUCUUCCGAAGAAGCAGAAGACCGAGUCCGUGGACGCCGACACGAACACGGUCAAUUCCGAGCCAAGGUGGCUACAGUGCUCGCAGUGUUCCCGGCGGCUAUGCUCUGCGUGGGAGCUUCUCCAGCACAUACAGAGCAUGCACGGCGCCCGCCUCUACUGCUCCUCCUCCUCGUCGACGAACUCCUCGUCGAACACUCCAGCCCCUAGUCCACCGACGCCUACGCCGACGCACGCGCAUCACCUCAGCCCACCGAAUCACCUGAACCUGAGCGGCAAGUCCACCGGAAGUUCCUCAGCGGCGAACUCCUCGGGUGGCACGAACACGAGCGGCAGUAGCGGCGGUCGACAACAGCUUCAGAGCUCGGCUUCUCUGGUGGGCGAUCCUCUUCAUAGUUUCCUGAGGUUACCCCAACAUCUGGAGCGAAGUUUUCCACCCAUGUUCAGGCCGGACUUCCUUAGCCUAACUCCCCUAACGGGAGCCUAUCGAGGUCUCCAGGAGCUGCAGACGGCCACGCGAAAUCUGCAGAACCUGGAUCCACUUCGUGGUAUGGACGGCCUGAACUUGGGAGAUCCAUUAGUGCGCAGCUCACUGGAUUCCCUGAAUAAUGCUCGGAAUUUAGCAAACCUAGCCGAGCUGUCACACGGCCGUAGCUUGGCUGGUCAAGCACAUCCGCCACUGGAAGCGAACCUGGAUUUUUACUCGGCGCGCCUAAGGAGCCUCGCUAAUCCGUCCUUAGGCGCGGCUCCACCUACUCCUAGCGGCAAUCCCACAACGAAUCCGCCUCCUCCGCCAGUACCGCCUGUAUCGUCAGUUCCCGUUGCCAGUGGCGUUCAACAGCAGCAACAACAGCAACAACAACAACAGCAACAGCAACCACAAUCGCAACAAUCACAGUCGCAAUCCCAUUCCCAGUCAGUGGAACCGCCUAGUCCAGCCUCGGUCAAUACUGCUAAUCUGACUCAUGGCAAUCAUCAGAAGGAGAACUCGCCACCCUGUUACAGUCAGAGCCCAGUGGGUCAUCACAACAAUAAUAAUUCGACGGACAGUGAGAAGACUAGCCCACCGGUAGCCUCCACGCCGAUCAUCACUGACUCUACAUCAGAAACGGUGUACACGUGCGAAGUCUGCGACAAAAAAUUUCGCUUCCCUUCGAAUUUACUUGUCCACCGUCGCACUCAUCGGGACAAGGAGAGACAGUAUCAGCAACAGGAGAGCACACAGGACAGCCAGAGCACGCCGACGAGGUGCGAGGUGUGUGAGGUUGAAGUGGCGAGCUUCGCCGAGCUGCGGAAACACAUGAAAAAAGAGCACCAGGAGCAUCUAAACUCGGCUGCCAGUCCGCAAGGCAGCGUCGAAACAAUGCAGGGAGACGGCUCCAGCUGCGACGAGAACAUGGACCUGGAUGAGAUGGAGGAGAACGAACAGAAGACCGAGCGCGAGGACGCGGAGGAGAAUACGCCGGAGGAUCUGAGCACCACCCAAGGACAGAGCGGCGAGGAGAGCGGUGGACGAGUAGAGAAACCAGCCAGCCUGGUGGGCGAUCUGAUGGAGAAGUUUGGGUUGAGCAACAUCGCCCAAUAUUCGGAAGCUUACCGACAAGCGUUGCAGGAGAAUCAUCGCAGCGGCUUCCUGAAAACUGACUCACCGUGCAACCUUACUAACUCCCUAAACAACAAUAAGGAGAAAGAAAGCACCCUCUCGCCGACGAAUUUUAACUCAACAACACCAAACAUCUUCUCCGGCCAAGGGUUUCCUAGAUCCACGGGACCAGAUUUUGGCAGUCUUUGGCUACCCAGUCCGCACUACCUCGAGAACAACGAGUUUCGAAAGGCAUCCAAAGCGACUACGUCCACCCUGGCACUUCAGGGUCUGCCGAGUCCACUUUUGAAAAAAGAGCGUAGCGGUCGGAAUGACACUUGCGAGUAUUGCGGAAAGGUAUUCAAAAACUGCUCGAAUUUGACAGUUCAUAGACGGUCGCACACCGGUGAGAAGCCGUACAAGUGCGAACUCUGUUCGUACGCCUGUGCUCAGAGUUCGAAGCUAACCAGGCAUAUGAAGACCCACGGUCGACAUGGUAAAGACACGUACAAGUGUCGCUUUUGCGAGAUGCCAUUCUCAGUGCCGAGCACGCUGGAAAAGCAUAUGCGGAAGUGCGUGGUGGUGGUGCAACAGGGUCCCAAGUUGGACAUACCGUAUCCGGUAAUCAAGGAUGAGGAUUCCUCACUCAGUAGUAAGGAUACUUGAUCGUGGAACGGAAACCUACCACCGAUCCCGCCGCUGUGGCCGCACAGGCCGCCUUAUCCGGUGUAUUGAAGAUGGGGAUCUUCUUCCUCAGGGAUCUCGAGAGAAGAAACAUUUCAUGAGUCGCGGAUUGAUCUUGAGAACUGAGAUUCCAAUAGCGCGAUUUCAGAAUCUGUCGACGUGGAAUGUCCAAGAUCACCUCUCGGGAUUAGGAGAGGUGGUAGGUCAAUGCAUGAUCUCGAGAAUCUUCAUUUGAACCAGUGAU